UCAAGACUUUAUUAAUCGUAAAUUGCUUUAAGUAGUUUUUUCGAAUUUUUAUAGAAUUUAAUUUCAAAAGCAAAUGGUGACGGCAGUCUUGUGCUUCACAGCCUUACCUUCGUUUUCACGUUGCUGCUCACGGAUAUAAACUUUUCGUGAUAACGAAUUUCCUUUAUCUGCUGUUCGAAUCAAUGAUAACAACUAAACAUUACUCUUAUCAGAAGAAUAAGGGGUGAAACCCUCAUGGCUAUUAUGAAGAAGAGAGCAAGAAUUCCUCGAAGCUGAAGGAAAAUUCUAAAGAAUUGUCAAUUUUUCAGCUGCAAGUGACACACGAUGGAAAAUCAAAGCCCUGCUCGCUUGGGAGAAGAAAGCUUGAAUGAAACCCCAAGACCACAAGCUAACUCAACAGCUAUGCUGGAUAACUUGCUUUCUGCACGUACAGCGCACCUGAACAUGGGUCUGUCUAAAACCAGGGAAAGUGACAGUAACUCAAUUAAUCAAUUUUCUCCUGAUUUUGAUGAGAGAUCGUCUUUGAGCUCCUUCAAAUCGAAAAGUCUCAAUCGUUCUGAAUUCUCUAAAUCCUCUUUAGGUAUUGUGAACGUUGAUCAAGUUUCAGAUUAUUACACUGGCUUUCUCACUGAUUUUGAUAAAGAUGAUGAUUCCGUGUCAUCCCAUGGCCGAAAUAGUAGAAAAUCAGAUAUAGAAAAACACCUUAGACAGUGUUUCGAGCGAGACUCUCUUGGACAAAGUUCAACCACCAAUGGGCAGUACAAAGAAAAAACAAUACCAGUAAAGUCAGCAUCAGUUAGUUCUUUUGAUAGCAUGUCGGAGAAUACAGCUAACAUCAACAAGAUGAAAAAUAUUUUAAACAGUGUCCACAGCUACACGAUGGGAAAUGAUCAGGUUUUGGAAAAUGUCAAUAGUGAUGUCGAUGAAAUAGAAAAUUAUUUUAAAACAUCAUGCAAGACAGCGGAGGAGUUAGAUGCUGUUUUCAAAACCUCUGAUGAGGAUGGCAAAAAGAUGGAAGCCUUUUUAAAAGAUCUGCGUCACUGCCAGAAUGGUCAGUCAGAUUUUGAUGAACGUCUCAGCAAAGGCUCCAACUUUGAUCCUCUGGAAAAAAGUUCAGUCAAGAAGAACAAUGAUGCCGAUAGUAUUUUUGGAUCCCAAAUGGACAGUGCAAGUCUCCUAUCAUUUGGAUUCUCCAGUGAUGAAUUUAAAGCACACAGUAUGAAUUCCAUCAUGCAAGAAUUAGAGAUAGAUGAAAAGCGGGCCAAAAAAAUUGAUACCACAGUCUCUGAUCAAGCUGUCGAUGAAUCGUUGAGUGGUGUAAUGAGUGGCGAUAUAUCGAUCGGACCAGAAAGAUUGUCAAUGGGUGAUUACUUCAUGCAAAAAUGCCACUCAGCGUCGGAACUUGAUAGGAACCAUCUAAUGCAAAAAUGUCACUCCGUGUCUGAUCUCUAUCGAAAGCCUUUGGAGGUUGUCAAAGAGUUGGAUGAAAACCAGCCAUUCCAAGAAGAUGCAAGAAAAAGUAUAUCUGAAGGAAUUCUCAGUGAUGAUUCAACGUGCAACUGGAGUAGAAUAAUGAGAGGAUCUUUGUGCAAAAGUAGCUUUGGGGUUGACUUGAAUGCAAGCACAAGCAGUAUUGUCAGCUUGUCUGAAAUUGCGAAAAUUAUCCAAGAACAGCCUAGCUCAGCCACUCCUCGCACAAUAAUUGAUGCUCUCUAUGCAGGAGGUCAUGCCAAACAUUCAAAGUUUGACAGAGAAUCUUUAGGUCGGUCCUACAUAUCAUCACAAAGUGGAAUAUCAAGUAAUCAUAGCCCUCCUGAACGUGACAUUGCAUCUUCCCACCGAUUACGUUCUGUCAGUGCAUCUUCACUUUUCACCGAUGAAAUUUGUAGCUCUGUAGGUGGCAUUAAAGAAACUUCAAAAGUUUUAGAUAUGAAUCGAAGUUUAAUGGAUAGGAACUCUCUGAAUUCUUGUAAAAGUCUGCCUAAUCCAAAUCCUGUUUCACAGCAAAGUGAGGUUCGGCGCACAUCAUCUGCUCCACCAAUGAAAUCAACUCGCUUGUCUUUGGAUGAUAAAUUUUUAUCUGCUCAUUCAACUCCUAAUGAGUGUAAAUUCAUUCCAAUGCAAGCCCCUAUACUUGAUUCUGAAAAUUCCCUCAGUAGGAACAAGUCUCACCACUGGAGCAACCACAGUUUACAGAAUAAAAACUUACACACUCCAACAGAUUCAAGUGUAAAAGGCAGUGAAUUUGAAUUAGUGUUAACAGAUCCUUCAACAGAUGGUAAAUUUGAAUUUUCCAAUGGUGGUGCAAAGUUGGAAUUUUGUAUGGCAGAAUCAGGUCUGACAAAUUCCAAUUUGAGCAGCAGAAAUGUUUCGGCUCUCAGUAACUCGGACAAUGAAUGCGUUUUAGCGCAAACUCCUAGUAGCUCAAGGAGUUCCAAAACAAGAAAUUUUGAUUCCGAUCACUCUAAAGCAACCACGGAAACCAGUAGGAAUGAAUCAACUCUAACUCCCGGAGGGAUCAAUCAAAAUUUAUCACACAGUAGCAGUACAAGUCAAACGUUGACCGCUCAAAAUCAGAAGGAACAGGGAUUUUACAGAGCCAGAAAUCAUAAUACGUUUGCAUCAAGCUCAAGUAGCUUGGCUGAUCUGAAAAAUAAUAGCAUCGAUACUAUUGAUAUCAAAACGAACGAAGAAUAUCGUCCUAUUGGGCCCAUAACUCGUCAUCGACCGAAAGUAGUGACAAGUUCGUCGACUACUAUUGAAAAUCUCAAAGAUGAAGAAUUGCCGAGUAUCAAACCUGAAGUUGACAAUUCAGCGUGCAGAUUUUGGUUAAGUGAUUCUGAAAACUUUGAUCGAGAUGAGCACAAUAAUAGCCUAUCGACUAUAAACUAUACCAUCAAUACAAUGUCAGACUGUAACGACAAUGAAACAUCGCAGUUGAGUUCCUUAAGCAGCUCCAUGUUGACAGAAGUCUUGUCGAAUUCAAGUAUUUUAUGUGAUCUUGAUCGGGAAACCUCAAGAAUCAAGUUAAAUCUGGAUGGUGGAGGAACUGCCAAUGUCAAUGACCAUAUUGAUGCAGGAAUUCACUGUAUUGGAACACCUGUGGAUGUGGUUGUCCCAGUUUUGAACAAGUCCAAGUAUGAUAUAAUUUGGCAGAUAUCCUAUGAAGUAACUCCGGUUGAUCGCACACAGUCAAGCGUAAACUUAGCACACAUCUGUGUUCCCCACAAAACAUUCAAAGUGCCUUCAAAUCGAAAAUCCAAUGUCCAUUUGAUCAUAAUACCAGUGAUUGCAACAGCCAUUGAUGUCACCUUAAAAAUCGAAUCCUUAUUCAAAGUAAAAUCAGGUAUCCGCUCAGUUGAAAGAAGCUCGAUCUCUCAAGUUAUUCGUGUCAUUGGAGAAGAUCCUCAACUCAGUGUUGGUUCAACCUCGGGUGUGAUUUACUUCGGCAAGUUGCCGAACGGCUGCGUCAAAAGUGAAAAUAUCCUCUUGCAAAAUACUGGGCACUCUCGGUUGCCAGUGAAGUUUAGUAUUCAGGAACAUGGAAAAGCUGAAGUUUACCAAGGACACACUAUCAUUGAAGCGGGGGAAAAUUGGUCCAACACCAUUAACUUGUUCGCUUUGAAAUCGACGAAUGGGACUUCAGAUUCCUCUGAUUAUGAAUUUAUUCUUGCAGACUUGAAGAUCCGACUGAAUGUUGACUCAAACAUAAUCAACGAAUCGCAAUCAUUGUGCAUCAUUCAGUUAAAAGCACAUGUUCUUCCAGUUCAGCUGCUACAUUCUAGUCGUUGCUCACCACUCAUCCUGAGGAAAGAGGAAACAUCACAUAUUAGUUCAGAGACGUUAGAUAUAAAAAAUGGAAGUAAAAUUCCGUUGAACGUAUCAGCCAGUGUCAAUAUAGAUGAUGAAAAUCUCAGGUCUUGCUUCGAAGUCAGGCCUAUAACAGUAUCUAUCCCUCCAAAUCAACUUGUUCGUUUUGUAGUCUCUUUCAACACAAAGAAAUGCACCAAACAGAAAAUUUCUGCUGAUAUUCAUCUUCAAGUUGAACCAAAGGGAAUCAUAUUCAGAGCCCCGGUAGAAGUAUUGCUUGCACCUUUAUCAAAUGCUGUAUCUCUAGAACAACUCAACUUCCCGAAACAGAAAAAUUCUGGCUCAAAUCCUGCCUCUUGCCCUCCAUCUCCAACGAGCAGUAUUGCAAGUGCCUUCGGUCAGAUGCAACUCGCAUGUGAUGCCGUGUGUCUAACGUGGCUUAGCGUACCUAUUCACCAUCAAAAAGUACAAUCUUGUCUUAUCAAAAAUUGCGGAGCUCACAGAGAAAAAUUACUUUUCCAAAUUUCUGACAAUAACAACUGCUUCAAGCUCCUUAAAAAUGAGAAAGACUCAAGCUUUGCCAAUGAAAUCAAAAUGUCACUACAGCCAUCCGAAACCAAGAAAUUAUCCGUCGUUUUGUUUCCUUUAUCACCUCAAACUCAAGCCUUUGGGCGCAUCACUAUCACUCGCUUCGGCCAAGACCAUAAUUCUAGCACAGAUUCCAGUGGGCUUCCUACCAAGAGGGUCUUACCCUUGUAUGGCUUUUGUGGAGAGUGUGAUAUUAAAUUCCUUGGAUUGAAUAGAGAUGUCGAAGAUCGAUUGUGGAUCUACCCAGACUCUGAAACGUUCGAAAGUGCUUUCACUACGGAAAACAGUGGUGAUUCAACAGGAUUUAUGAUAAUUGUGCCAGAACAAUUCAGUGUUGAUUACAUUAAGCCUAAUGAAUACAUCCUUGCGCCGAAUGAAUCAACUGUAGUCAAUUUUGCAGUGAAUUUAUCUGCUUGCAGAAUCGAGAAUCUGCUAGAAAAACAAAAGAACAAAGAUAUUGUGCAGGUUGCCAAAUUGACGCUGUAUUUUGGCAACGAAUCAACCCGCAGGAGGGUCAAGAGGAUCCUAAUGAAAUGUAAAAAAAAGGGAGUAAAACUUUCACUUGAGUUAGAACAAAAACUUGCCUUACUUGCAGGUUUUUCUCCUAAAUGUAGUUUAUCUGUCGAUCAGUUAUAUGAUCCCAUCGAAAGCGUGCACCUCCUUUUGGAUGAUAUUCAUGUAGAACAAGUUGGAGUUUUGAUGAAACGAUCUGAUCUAGAAUCAGCACUCUUGGACACUUCGCCUGUAUUCAAUGAUCUCAAUGCUACCGUGCGAGAAGUUUCCAUCAUGAGCCCUGCAACUUGUCUCAACAUUGUACCACAAAGUUUAACUUUGUCUACAUCCGGCAAAUCUGAAGUUCUAAACAUCUCCAACACUUCCAGUCGUGAUACCUCAUUCCAUGCUGUUUACCCUCCAGAAUUAUCUGUUAAUCCACCGAAGACAAACAUUCAACCUCAUCAACGUGUUCAACUUUCAGUCACUUACGUUGGUCCAAAAUUACAGGGCAACUAUUACGAGCAAAAAUUAAUUCGAAUCAUAUCCGAUAAGUGUGAGACCAAAAUAUCUGUUGACAUAAAAUCUGAGGAAGAAAAUCAAGAUCUCUUGUCCAACUUGAUCUACUCAAGUGAUUACAACAUUGUUUUCCCUCAAACUGUCAUUAAUCAUAAAUCAGCUGUGACCAUCAAAGUGUGCAACACUAGUCAGCACGAUGUUUUGUUAACUUUGGCUCAUUGUGAUGAACCUUUCUGUGUUCCGUCAGAGAGCUUCCAUCUCAAAAAGAAGUGGUACUGUAACUUUAGAAUCCUGUUCCGUCCGCAGACAUCAGGUGUGCACCAGGGUAACGUAAAGUUCAAUGUUUACUACAGAGGUGAACUAAUCUCAAUUCUCACAUAUGAGUUGAGUGCCAAAGCAGUUAACCCAAAAUAGUUUUUAAGUAGGGAAGGAUAGUUAAUGAUUCUGAUUUCAAGGGAACAGUCUAGAUUAAGGAAUUUCUGUGAUCGUUAAAAAGUUAAGUUUCUUAUUUUUUAUUCAUUUAUUUUAUUUAAAUUCCUCUUUGGUUGUUUUAUUCCAUGACUGAUUGUGAUACAUUUUCUAAUGAUUUAAACCUUUUUGUAUCAUUUAAGCACUAUUUAUAAGUUUCUAAUCUGAGGUAAUUUACUGUAAUUUCAUCACAACUUUUAUUUAUCAAUUGUUACAUGUAGUCAAAAAAUAGCGAAUUUUUCUCCUUGAAAAUCAUUUAUCCAUGCGUGAUCAGUAAGCAUUUACUUUUUACAGUGAAAACAAGUUUCUCUCUCUGUCGCAAAAAAGAGAUCUGUUAGUUCCACAUUUUGGCUUUGCUCGGUUUAAUUGUAAGUAAAUUCUAGGGUUGCCACAGUCAGGGAAUUCCAGAAAAACUGGGAAAUGCCAAGACAUUUUACAGUCAUAGGAAACGUUGAAAUUUCAGGUAAGAGUUGUUAAGUUAACUUCACUUGCUUUCUAGAAUGGGUUUGAUGUUCAGAACAAUAGAUUUUGCGUGGAAACUAUUUCAAAGUAUGUCUUUGUAACUAUCUGACAUAUUUUCAAUUGUCAGGGAAUUUCAUUUUCAAAAUUCUGUGGAAACCCUGCAAUUCAACUGCCAUUAAUCUACCAUUGUAGUUCUUGGAUGCUGCUGGGAUUUGUGCUCUUAGUGCUUUCUCGCUGUGUCAAAUUUUGCGAAAAAUAUGAUGGUACUAUUGGCUUCCUGUGAAAUCAAUGCCUUAGCUCAAGAAAAAGCUCUGGAAGUUGCAGCCAUAAAGGAGUGGGUUGCCCACUUUAUGGCCGGAUUGGACUUUAUCCGGUCGGUCCGAGAGUCCACCUCUGUAUCCAAACAAAAUCUCCAUUCACAGAUAGGAGGUGAAUAUUUUUGCAGUGUUGCCACUUUAUCCAAGGAGUCCAAGGCUGGAACCAAGGGAACUCUGCUAAUGUAUUGUUAUCUAUCUGUGCAAGGAGAGUUUAACUGGGUGUGGAGGUAAACUCUCAAGUUAAUGUAGGCGAAUCUCCAUUACAACCUUCACUUGGAGAGCUUUCAGAGAAGUAUCAUAUUUUUUGCAAAAGUUUAUGUUAAAAAAAGUACACUAAUCAUAAAUUCCUAUGGCAUUUAAGAGCUUCGCUAAAAUAAUGCUUGGUAUUUAAGAUUCAUCCAUUUUUUAUUUCAUCACCUCAAUAAUUUACGAUAGAAAACGGAAUUGUAUAUCAGUUGAGUUUGUUUUAUAUAAUAUAAUCAAAAUCUUUACAAAAAUUGGUAUCCCUCUAGAAACUCUUUUUUAUCAGUUGUUUUUGCAGAGCAAUUUCUAUAAAAUUUUGUCAGAAACUGGGAAAAUCAAUCUUCUUCUAUUAAUCAAGUACGAUUGUUUUACUGAUAAUUGUGAAAUGUAAACCUACUCAUCAUCAUCAGGAACGACUGUUCAAGUGAUUGAAUCAUUUUUAUUUACUAUCCGUAUGGUUCAAAAUGUACCCGGAAAGAUUUUUGUAACUUAAGAUUCCAUUUCUCCGGUAGUACCAUUAAGAUGAAACUUCUUUAUAACCACAGUAAUAAGUUUCUUCUGUUUUAUAUUGAUGACUAUGUUUCUCAAUCUAGGGAAGAAGGUAUUUAUGACCAAAUUUGAAAACCAUGCCUCUCCUUUUUCAAAAUUGCAGAAUUCUCAUAAAAUUUUACUCACAAAUUACUGAACACUAAUCAAUGUAAGUCUUGUAAAAUUUCCACAAAUGGACUAUGUUAAGCAGAAA